AUGCAUUUACGCAGAAGUUCCUCCUUAGACUCGAUCAAAAUUCACGAUCGAUGUGCCAGUGAAAUCGUUUUACGCGAGAUAGCCUUAUCACAGGAACUGAAAAGAGUGGCACAAGAAAUAUUGGAUUCGUCCGGGUUACGAAAACGGUUCCACCAUCUACAAUGCAGAAAUAUUUCCAUGCUUCAAGCCGACAAAAACCAUAUCCGAGUAAAGUUAGAGGGUCCAAACGAUUCACUUGAUAGUUCACGUGCUAACAGGUAA